AUGAACUCAGAAAUACCAAAAGAAGAUCCUGUCAAGAAGGUGAAGUCAAUUGCCAAGAACAUGCUUGAUGGCCUUUUUGAUGACUUGUUAGAGAAGAAUAUGUUAAAUGGAGAAGAAUUACAGAGAUUGAGGGAAGGCAUGAACCUCAUCAUGAAUAGGACUGAAAACCUAGUUGAAGAUAUCACUGGGAAAACCCGAAAAGCAGGCAAAAUAUUCAUGGACUGUCUCUUCAACCCCAAGAAACAGCUGAGUUUAAACUAUGGAGAUGAAAAUGAAGAUGGUGAACAUGAGGAAAAAGAUGGGUCAGCCCAGGCAUUGGCUCUCCCUCCAACUCAAUUCCAAAAUGAAAGUGAAGACAAUGAAAUUGUGGCAAAUGCUGAUUUGGCCCAGGCAUCAUUUUUACCCUUGACAACUCCUCUGGAGACCAGUGAUAAAUUAAAGCUUUGUCCUCAUCAUUUCCAAAAAGUGAAGACAAAAAAGGCAAAUGAGAUACAUCCAGUGAUGGAGAAAGAAGGCCGGACACGCCUGGCCCUCAUCAUCUGAAACAAAGAAUAUGACCAUCUUUCUACUCCAUAAGGUGCUGAAACUGACAUUUUGGGAAUGCAAGACCUGCUGGAAAACCUUGGAUACUUAGUGAUUGUGAAAAAGAAUCUCUUCAGUCAGGAAAUGGAAACAGAGCUAAGGCAGUUUGCUGCCCGCCCAGAGCACAAGACUUCAGACAGCACGUUUCUGGUAUUUAUGUCACACGGCAUCCUGGAUGGAAUCUGUGAGAAGAAGCGCAGUUCCUGACAGGAAGAUAUUUUGAAAGACGAUACUAUCUUUCAGAUUCUCAACAACAGCAACUGCCAGCACCUGAAAGACAAACCCAAUGUCAUCAUCAUGCAGGCCUGGAGAGGUGGUAAGUCUGGAUUAGGGGACCCCAAGGAGGGAAGGUGGAGUGCUGGUGGUGCCGUGGUUGAGUUUGGCUGCCAACCAAAAUGUCAGCAGUUUGAAUCCACUAGCCGCUCCUUGGAAACUGUAUGGGGCAGUUCUACUCUGUCCUAUAGGGUUGCUAUGAGGCGGCGGUUGUGCACUUUUAUUUACUACACCACAAUCAGACUUUGCCCCAAAGAUAAUGUUUCUGGGAGAUUUGACACAAAUGGUUGUCUCUUCAUUUCCUGAUUUAUCAACUAUUUCAAGAAGUGUUCUUGUUAUUAUCAUUUGGAGGCAAUUUUUAGAAAGAAUGUGCUAUGGACUCUGGAGGAUAUGAAAGAAAGGUACUGGACUUUGGUAUCUACUUUAGGGAAUCCUUUGAGUGCAAGGAGUUGA